AUGGAAUUGUGGCUUGAUGACCAGCGUGAAACACCGUCGUUUUCGAUGGGGUUGUUCGCGGACCGCGUCAACAGCAUUCUAGAGGCGCCGCUGCCAAAAUGCCUUCGCCUGAAGGGAGAGAUGGGCAGCGAGCGGCACUCCAUCGCUAUCGCCGGACCAAGCGCGAGAGGCGGCGGUGCCGUAUCGUCGCGCGGUCAGAGGGAAAGUGCUGGGCCCCGGUGUGGGAAGCCGAUCCAUGAGGUUCUGCUUGAUAAAGGGCGCCUCGCCGCGGAACAGAAGGAAGCCAUGAGGCAGCGGGCAAUAGAAGAGGAACUGAGUGAGCUUCGCCCCGCACCGAACGUGACGUACGCAUCUCUUAGAAACACACCACGCCGGGGGGAGCCGAUAGAGAAUCGCCUCCUCCUCCGCGCAAAAGAGGCGGAGGAACGCCGCGCGUGUGAGGCAAGGCGCCGCGAAGAGGAAAUGCUCAAAGAGAUGAGCACUAUUGCGCCGUUUCAGCCGAACAUAUCUCGCAGAGGACGUUUUGCAACGCCGAGGGCACGAAAGAUGGCUGCAGAGGCACGCGCCGAUUGGUACCGUCGACGUGAGCAGUGUAAAGAGGCAGCACGCACGGCGAAGAUACUGCAGGACCUGAGCGAGGUUCAGGGGACACCAAUGAUUAAUCCCCACUCGGAGAGGCUUGCGGCUCGCCGUCGGGAAAAGGAGGGUCUCUCCGGCCUCAGUGGAGUUGAGGCUAUGCUUGAGCGGGAUCGCAUCGCGCAAAUGAAGAGAUGGGAGCAGCAUCAACUGGAAAAAGAGACAGAACCAACUCCUCAGAUUACUUUAUACGCCGCCACUCUGCAUCGAAACGGCGAUGUGGGAGAGCGACUAUACGCAGAAAGCUAUGAGAAGGAGGAGCGCCGUUUGCGGAAACAGCGUGAGUUGCUGGUUGGUGAUGUGGCCCCUUUUACACCGAGAAUAAGUCCAUACGCAGCUGUGACCCCGAGGUUUCAUAGUGUUGAAGAUGAACUAAUGCAGAAGCACAUACAAAGCCUGACAUUGAAGGAGGAAAAGCGGCACCGAGAGGAGGAGCAGGAGUUACGGCGCCACCAGCCUGCUAUUAAUCCGGUGAGUGAGGCCAUUGCGGCGAAGCUUCCCGAGACAUCUCUUGAGCGUCUGUAUCGUCACCCGCGGCAAACGCCUAGACAUGUAGACCCGGCUGCUGCUACGGCGGCAGCAACGGUAGCAGCGACGGCGACGACAAUGACUGCUCCAUCUUUCCAGGACAGCAGCAACGGUGAUGGUGGUGCGUCUCGUGUGGCCUCACUCCCGGAAUCUAUGGCAGAGGCACUUCAAUCGUACGAGGAGCGCCGUCUCGAAAAACUCAGGCGACUGCGGGAAGAACAAGAGCAGCGUCAACGUGCGGAGUGCACCUUUGCACCCGUCACGAACGGUAGGGGCCCGACGGUCGGAGGGUCAGAGAGUGUGGUCGAGCGCAAUCAAAAGUGGCUUGUGCGUAGAGAAGGGAGACUGCGGGAACUGCGGGAGCGCAAAGAGGCGGAGAAAGUGAGGGGCUGCAGCUUCAGGCCCGAGCGCGAGGCCACGCCGAUGAAUUCCUCGCGCGGAGAAAGCGUGUACGGCGGUGACGGCACCGCAUGGGGCGUACAGGAGUACUUGGAGCGACAAGAGGAGGCGCGUCGCCUCCGGCGGGAGCGGGAGGCGCGGCUGCAGCGACGCCCGUCGAGUGCUCCACGACCGGCGACGACAACGCCGCGGGAGUUUGCGCUGGGUCGCCGCGAGAGUGUGCCGGUGCGCAGUCUGAGGCGACCCCCGCAGGUGCCGCUCAUGUCGCCGGAAAAGCCUGAGGCGCUGCUGCCAGAAGGCAGGGAUGAUCUAUCGGUGUAUGAACGCAUAUACAAUCGCAUCUAUAACACGGUGGCGAGUGGAGGCACUGACGACACGGAGGCAUCGCUCUGCAUGCCUCCAUCUUUGUACCGUUGA